AACAAAAAAACAUGUACCAGAUCUUCAGAGUGGGUUGAAGCCCCUGUUGGGGGCUUCUUCUUUGAGGACCUUCGGCUGAAUGAAGUUUUACAGUUGCGGCUGCAGCAGCGAAGAAGCCGAGAGCAGCUCACCAACCAGGGAGUCAUGCCACAUGGGGAAACUGAGACUGAGAGAGAUAACACCUUGCCCAAGGCCACCCACAUUGAAAAGCCCCUCUACCUUCCAUGAGCAAAAGAAGACUUUGGAGAGAGCUAAGACUGAAGAUUAUUUAAAGCACAAGAUCCGAAACAGACCCGUAUCCUCGGAGCUGGUUGAUAUGCACAUUUUACAGGAUUCAGCCACCGAGGGGUCCAUUCAAGGUACUCAGAUGAAACUAAAAAGAGCCCGUCUUGCAGACAAUCUGAACGAAAAGAUUGCUCUUAGGCCAGGUCCUCUGGAGCUGGUGGAGAAGAAUAUCAUUCCUGUUGACUCAGCUGUGAAAGAGGCCAUCAAAGAUACCCAGGUAAAGUUCUCAAAAUCCUCAGAUGCCUUUGCUUUUGAAGAAGACAGCAGCAAUGAUGGGAUGUCCCCAGAGCAAGUCAGAAGUGAAGAUUCGGAGGGAUCCACGGAAUCAGCAGCAGGAACCAAAAUUUCAGAAGCAGGGUUCCCCUCAGUGUCAGGGACAACUCAGGACCAUUCCAGUACCUUUGAAAAUGAUACUGCUGAUGUGACAUCUCAGCAGAAUAGCCAGCCAGAAAGUCCAAAAGACUUGAACGGGCAACAGACGCCUCCAGUCCCUAUUGCCACAUCAGCAAAGUCAAAACCCUCAAGUGACAGCAAGAACCGCCACAAAAAGCCCAAGGAGACGAAGCCCAAAGUGAAGAAGCUUAAAUACCACCAGUACAUUCCUCCUGACCAGAAGGCCGAGAAGUCUCCUCCUCCCAUGGACUCGGCCUACGCCAGGCUCUUGCAGCAGCAGCAGCUCUUCCUACAGCUCCAGAUCCUCAGUCAGCAACAGCAGCACCGGCACCAUCAGCAUUUCAACUACCCUGGCGCUCACGCCAGUCAGCUGAAGCAACCCAGUGAGCAAGUGGGCAAAACCACAAGCUCUUCCCCAACAGGUGUUGCAAACAGUCCUCUUUCUCCUGUGAAAGGCACCUUUUCAGGACAGCCCUGCAUUUCGACUCUCAAACCGGGUCCUUUGCCAUCCAAUCUGGAUGACUUAAAAGUGUCAGAGUUGAGGCAGCAGCUCCGAAUAAGGGGCCUUCCCGUAUCCGGUACAAAAACAGCUCUGAUGGAACGUCUGCGGCCUUUCCAAGAAUGCAGUGGGGGUUCAGUGCCCAGUUUCAGUGAAAUAACUACAGUCACCUUCCCAGUGACCCCAACAAGCUCUCUCUCCAGCUACCAGUCUCAGUCCUCAGCCAGCCUGUUAUCCAAUGGCUUUUACCACUUUGGCAGCACCAGCUCCACACCACCCAUCUCCCCAGCUUCUUCCGACCUGUCAGUGAACGGCUCCUUACCAGACACUUUCAAUGAAGGACCCAUGUCUUCCCCACAGUUUGUCUUGCAGCCUUCACCUGUGCAGGGUGGGUGUGAAGAGAGUUUGAUAGGAAGCAUGAAUGGAGCUGGCAUGCAGCUGGAAGUGGAAAGAGUUGACACAGAGAAAGACAAGAUGCUGGUGGAAAAGCAAAAGGUCAUCAACGAGCUAACCUGGAAACUGCAGCAAGAGCAGAGGCAAGUGGAAGAGCUGAGGAUGCAGCUUCAGAAGCGCAAAAGGAGCCAUGGAGCAGAGGAGAAGCAACCCUCCGGACAUUUCUUUGGCUUUCCAAUCAAGCAAGAAAACACUGUGUCCAGCUGUCCAUUUGCAUCCAAGCAAGCUACCUUGAAGGGGCAAACCAGCAGCUCUGAUACUCUGAAUAACUGUGGGCCGCCACAGUUGCCCCGCCUUGUAAAUAGCCAUUGCAUGGAAUCUUCAGGGCAAAAUGGCAUACUGUCUUCCACAUUCCUAAGCCCACAAUGCUCCCCCCAGCAUUCUCCACUAGAGGCAGCAAAGAGCCCACAACAUAUCAGCCUUCCCCCCUCACCAAACAGCCAUUACCUCCUUUCAGUGUCCCCCAAUACUCAAGGUGAAGGACGCAGCUGUUCUCCACAGGCAAACAGCCAUUUACACACAACUCCGAUACCAACACAGGGAGGCCAGAAGUAUGCUCUUCUGUCACCCAGCUUCUGUAAGUCAAAUGCUGCCCUUCCAGAAGGAAAACAGCCUCCACCAUACGCUGAUGCAGUGAAGCAGCAGAUGACCCGAAGUCAGCAGAUGGAUGAGCUGUUGGAUGUGCUUAUUGAAACUGGAGAAAUGCCUGCAAAUGCCAAAGAUGACCGGCCUUGUCUUCAGAAAGUGCCUCAGAUAACAGUGUCUUCAGGGACUUCUGGUACAUCUUCCUUACUAAAAGCAUCAUCUACAUUUGAGCAAGGCCCUUCAAGUCAGCUCUCCUUUGAACAUGGCCCUGGCAACAAUGACAGCCAUCUUGAAAUCUUGUUAAAUUCCCACAGCCCAUUGGGGCGAACCAAUGAGGUCACGCUUCUGAAGGUAGGUGGUGAAGAGCCUCACUUUGAAGGGGUGAUGGAAGGAUUUUCCAGCAAAACGGCUGAUGAACUACUCACACCUCAUGAGAUCUUGCCAACACCCCUCUCGCCCAUGGAGACUCAGCUGUCUCCCUCUUCUGGUGACGGAUCUGGUUUGCAUGUGAGCUUCACAGAGUCUCCUUGGGAAACAAUGGAAUGGCUGGAUCUCACUCCACCUAGCUCAGCUAAUGGUUUUGGUUCCCUCACCACCACAGGACCCAGCAUCUUCAAUAUUGAUUUCUUAGAUGUUACUGAUCUCAACUUGAACAGCACCAUGGACCUGCACUUACAACAAUGGUGAACAAGAUGAGCCCUACAAAUGGUGACGUGACCAGCCAUAAAUAAUUUCCACAAAAGGGACUAAGAGAUUAAACCAAGGAACUCUGGUACCAUCCAGGGAGGAAAAACUGGAGUCAGUGUUUCCCUGGACAUAAAUGAACUUUUCAUUACAAAUGGAAUCACCCCCCACAUACAAACAAGCAACCUCAAACAAAAGAUUCUCCUUCUAAUUAAGCAAAUCCACUCAAUUUAGCUAACCUUAGAACUUCCAAACGGUUUCCAAGGGCAGUCCCUUCGUAUGCCUCUGUCCAUUUCAUCCAUAACACAUAAAUCAACUCUUAUCAAGUGCACUAUAUUGUCCCCACUACAGACUGUAGGCAGACCACUAUGUACUCCUGACAGACCCUUUGUGGCUCCCAACACACUUUUGAAAAACCUUUGUCCUCAGCGUAUCUAUGAACACCUUUUUUCACUAAAACCAGCCUGCUGCUAACCAGUGAGCCUUAGUUGAUGGCUUUUCCCUCCCAAAACUAUCAUACAUUUCAUUGAACACCUCUUUCUCUGCCUUGCCUUUUGUUUCUGCAGUUUUAAAGGGACUUGCAGCAGAAUCAGGGCAUGAUUUAGUCUACCUGAAAAGAACCAAAAAAGUAGUUUUUUUUUUUUAAAGAGUUCAGAAAUGAAGUGUCCUUAACGUAGC